AUGACGAGCUCCGACGAACCUAAAAAACUUGAAGAGCUCCGACGAACCGAACAAGCUCGUUCACAAAUGCGUAAGAACAUUAACGAAGUUUGCAGAGAAUGGGAAGGAACCACUCUGAAAACCAAUAAGGAUGUAAGAGUUGCCCUCAUCCGCAUUAGUGUUGUUCUUGGUAAAGAUGGUGGGGCUUUAGCCAUGAUGAUCCCCUUUUUCCAAAUGUUUGCUGGAGGUCCUCUCGGUAUAGGACAACAAUGGUUCUCCUGGAUUCACAUGGAUGACUUGAUGAAUGUAAUCUACGAGGCACUCACUAAACCAUCCUACCAAGGAGUUAUAAAUGGCACUGCGCCAAACCCGGUUAGGCUUGGGGAGAUGUGUCAGCAGCUAGGAAGCGUUCUUGGUCGACCGUCGUGGCUACCAGUUCCUGACUUGGCACUCAAAGCUUUGGUCACAGAAAAACAAAAUUCAUGA